AUGAGUGGUGUAGCCAAGAAUUUGGUUUCAGGAAUGGAUGGCCUGGCUAGAGAACUAGUCAUAGAUCCAUGGAAACGUCUGAAAUGGGGGUUUCUCCCAGUGAGAAGAGUUGUGGAUGAUGAGGAGGAGAAGCUCGAAAAGUCGGGUUCGUUAGACGAGUCUGGGGCCGGUGAUUUUGAAAGCUCGAAUGACAAGACGAAAUUGAGUGUCAGCGACGGGAGCGCGGCUUCGACGACGGAACUUGCAGAUUCGAACUUGGAAUACAAAGACGAGGCAAACCGGAAAUGGUGGUCGUUUUUCAACGAACAGGAGUACCGUGUGGCUCCCACUAAGACGAAAAAAAACAAGUGGUACCAGUGGUUUGGACCUGACCUUUCGACCAAAGAGAAAAAACUGCUUUUGAAACUGGACGUUUUGCUUGCUUUUUAUUCUUGCAUCGCCUACUGGGUCAAGUAUCUGGACACCGUUAACCUGAACAAUGCGUACGUGUCGGGUAUGCGUGAGGAGCUUCAUUUUAAGGGCAAUGACCUUGUUCACGUGCAAGUCAUGUACACCAUAGGAAACAUCGUUUUCCAGGUUCCGUUUUUGUUCGUCUUGAAUAAAGUGCCCUUGAACUACCUUUUACCCUCGCUGGACAUCGCUUGGUCGCUUUUGACCGUCGGUGCCGCGAAAGUCGACUCUGUCGCUCAUUUGAAGGCUAUACGGUUCUUCAUUGGCGCGUUUGAGGCGCCCUCGUAUUUGGCGUACCAGUAUUUGUUUGGGUGUUUCUACAAACACGAUGAAAUGGUGCGUCGUUCUGCUUUCUACUACCUUGGCCAAUAUGCAGGCAUUCUUUCGGCCGGUGGUAUCCAGGCGGCUGUGUAUGCGACUAUGAACGGCGUCAACGGAUUGGCCGGGUGGAGAUGGAAUUUCAUUAUCGAUGCUAUUGUCUCUGUGGCAGUCGGUAUCAUCGGUUUUUACUCGCUGCCCGGUGAUCCCUACAACUGUUACUCCAUCUUCCUCAGCGACGACGAGAUCAGAUUGGCUCGCAGAAGGCUAAAGGAAAACAACACGGCAAAAUCGGACUUCUCCAGCAAAUUCCUAGACAUUAAAGUUUGGAAGUCUAUCUUCCUCGACUGGAAAAUCUAUAUUUUGACGAUUUGGAAUAUAUUCUGCUGGAACAACAACAACGGAACAUCAGGCGCCUACCUUCUUUGGUUGAAAUCUUUAAAAAAUUCGGCCGGAGCGACAAGAUAUUCGAUUCCCAAAUUAAAUCACUUGAGUAUGAUUACACCUGCUCUCGGUAUGAUAUAUCUGUUUUCGACCGGUAUUUUUGCCGAUAAAUUUCAUAGCAGGUGGGGUGCUAUCGUUGUGACUCAAGUAUUCAAUUUUAUUGGUAACGUGAUUUUAGCCGCUUGGGAUGUUCCAGAGGGCGCUAAAUGGUUCGCUUUCAUGUUGCAAUAUUUUGGUUGGGCUAUGGCCCCAGUAUUAUAUUCGUGGCAAAACGACAUUUGUCGUCGUGACGCACAAUCUAGAAGCGUGACAUUGGUCACCAUGAAUAUGCUCGCUCAGACAACUACCGCCUUCAUGUCCGUUUUGGUGUGGAAGACUGUCGAUGCUCCUCGUUUCUUGAAGGGUUACACAUGGACUGCGGUAAGCGCAUUUUGUCUUUCCGCUUGGACUCUUGUUGUCCUAUGGUUUUACAAGCGUGAAGAAAAGCGUCAUGCGAGGGAAAAUGGUAUCGUGCUUUAUAACUCGAAGACAGAUGGGGACACCGAGGUCAUUAAGUCCGAGGCGUAA